AUGUUCAACACCAACGAAACGCAAAAGCCGCACAUCCUGGUCAUCGGUGGCGCCUAUGGAGGGUUCUCCGUCGUUACAAAUGUGUUGAAUUUGAUGGAGGGAAAUCCUCAAUUAGCUUCACCUCUUCCUCCACCCCCACUGGAUGACUGCACGAUUCGGACAACUCCGCGGAUAACAAACCUCGACGAACGAGAUGGAAUAUAUCAUACCAUGGGAUCACCGCUAGUCCAUUCUAAUUCAGACUUCGCAUCGGAAGCUUGGAGGAGAUUUGACGAUAUACCCAUUCUUUAUCGUUACAAUGUCCGUACGAUUCAGGGAAAAGUAGAUUCAAUUGACAUGGCGUCUCGAGUCGCCACAUACCAGGAGAAUUCUACUAGCCCAUCGAAGCACAUCCCCUACGACUACUUGGUUGUGGCGACAGGAACAAGUAGAGAUUGGCCGGUAGUGCCACAAUCAUCAAAAAGGGAGGAGUACCUGCGAGAUAUUCAUGACAACAUCGAGAGCUUGCGUGGCUCAAAAAGAGUGGUGAUAGUUGGUGGAGGCGCUGUUGGUGUGGAAUUUGCUGCAGAGAUCAAAGCUAAUUUCCCAAGCACGGAAGUUUAUCUGAUUCAAUCUCGUCCACACCUUCUUCACGCCGAGCCUCUCCCCAUCGGAUUCAAACAGCGAGCAGCUGAUAUUCUUGCUGGACUGGGUAUCCAGCUUCUGUUGAGUUGUAGGGUUGACAAGAUUCUAGAUGGUGGUCGAUCAGGAUUCAAGAGCAUGCUCACAUUGUCGAACGGACUUCGUCUCGGAGCAGAUCAUGUAAUACACACAAACUCGCCUCACCUGGCCCGCACGGACUUCCUCCCGAGAAAGGCACUCAACUCACAGGGGUAUAUAAAUGUUCGACCUACGCUCCAGUUUCCGUCAGAUUUAGUGAACGCAGAUUUUCAUUAUGCAGCCGGUGAUGUGGUUUCGUGGUGUGGCAUCAAGAGAGUGGGCAACGCAUUCAUAAUGGGUCAACAUGUUGCCACAAACAUUGUCCGUCAAAUAUGUAGCAGUCAGAUGAAGGAAGGUUCUAUAACACUAGCCAUGUGUCCUCAAAUCCGACCUAUGAUGGCAUUAUCGAUUGGAGAUACUGCUUUAGUUUAUCCCAAAGGCGAAGGCGAUUCGUGGGGCGAAGAGCAACAAAGUUUAGUUGUGGGACGAGGUCUUGGUAUUGAAUUAUGCUCAGCCUAUCUUCGAAUUUGA